AUGAAUUCACUUCUUUUCGGUAUCAGAGGCACACUAUAUUCUGGGUCUGAGGCUGAUGUACAAAUUCCAAUAAACUUGACAAAUAUCAACGAGAUCAAGAGAGCAGCUCGAAAAGAAUACCCGGAUGAAAGUUUCGAGAAUGCUUUUACGAAGUACGUUAUCGAAAACUCAAUCAAAGGUAUAGAGUUCCAAAAGAAUGGUAGACGGUUUGUUUUUGGCCCUGAUAUAAAACUCUACCACAAUAAACGACAGCGUCGUGGCGAGUUAGUCACUUUAUUGUUCAACUCGGAGUAUCGCAGGGCCCCUCGGCUCAAUGAAGUCGAUAGAACUUCUAACUUCAUUCUGCGUUCUCGCAAGUUACUUGGUCUAGACCUUGGAGAUUCUUGGAAUCAUCCUACAUCGCACCCUCACCAUAUCCUGAAAUUUCCAAAAGAAAUUAUCAACAGAAUCCUUAGUUUUAUUCUCGUUGUAGAAGAGAAACAAGAUUCAUUGGUCCCAGAUACGAUUACUUGUAACCUCGACAGCCCGAUCCUCUAUCGAGAAACAGACUACAGUGUUCAUUGUUCCGAAUAUAUUGGUCCCAUAUGCCAAUCUGAUCCCUGGUCUUACUCGCAGUACUCGACUCAAUUCCGAAGAGAAGCUCACAGUGUUUGCAAGCCCAAAAUAGGCAGUCAGACAGUGUUGAAAAUGAUUCAUCUAGCUGACGAUCGCUUCAUCGACGCAAGUUGUUUACGUGUCUGUAAAGACUUUUACAAUCUUUGUUCAGCGCUACUUUAUCGAGACAACAGUUUUACUUUCACCACAUAUUUAUCCAAUAUUCUACGUUCAGGAGUUGAAAGCGCUUACAUGGUAGAUGAAAAUAACCCCCGAAAACGAUACCUGUAUGCGAAAUUUGGGAAGCCAAAUCCAAGUCUUCUCCCUCUCAGUGAUUGGAAUGAUGAAAUUGGUAAAAACAUUUCCCAAAUCCAGGAUCCUUCCACGGUAGACCGAAUGAGUUGGCUGUACUACGACCCAUUUCUUCGAUUCCUUCAUACUAUAGGUUUGGAAAAUGCAGCCCUUUUGAAAACGCUUCAAUUUACUGGGAUAGCCAGGAAGUAUGCAAACCCUUUACCUGGAGAUCAUAUUGCCAUCUCACCCUUGGAUGACAUGCGACUUAACUUACGAAUUUACGUUAAAUUUAUCAACCAAUUUUGUCCAGAUGCACGGCAAAUCACCUUGAACAUUCAUCCAGAAAAUGGUGAAGAUGGAAAUUUAGAAGCGGACCUAUUUCCGCUUUUGGGAAAUCACAUCAGGGAGCUCAAGACUGUCAAGACUUUAAUAUUACGUACUGUUGACGGGAGUGAGCCUGAGAAGUACGUUCCCAUGAAAUUUUCCCUUUCAACAGAGACAAUGCAAUGGUUUAUGGAAAGAACAGCGGGAAGAGCAGCUGAGGAUCGGAGACUGGCAGAAUUUAGGUUUUAG